GACCGGAUGUUGUAAUGUAGUUUUGCCCAGAGCGACAGAGUGGACCAUCAUCUUUUGUCAGAGCUCCAAACAGAGCUAACACUGCGUGUGUUCACUCACACAGACAUGAAGCACAACUCGAACGUCCCGGCCUUCCUCACCAAGCUGUGGACUCUGGUGGAGGAUGAAAACACCAACGAGUUCAUCUGCUGGAGCCAGGAGGGGAACAGCUUCCUGGUGUUGGACGAGCAGCAUUUUGCAAAAGAGAUCCUCCCGAAGUUCUUCAAGCACAACAACAUGGCCAGCUUCAUCCGACAGCUCAACAUGUAUGGUUUCCGUAAAGUGAUGCACAUGGACACGGGGAUCGUGAAACAGGAAAGAGACGGUCCGGUGGAGUUUCAGCACCCGUACUUUAAACACGGUCAGGAUGACCUGCUGGAGAACAUCAAGAGAAAGGUUUCUAAUGCUCGACCCGAGGACUCAAAGAUCCGACAGGAGGACCUGACAAAGAUCAUAGCCAGCGUUCAGAGUGUUCACAGCAAACAGGAGAACAUCGACGCCCGGCUCAUCACGCUGAAGAGGGAGAACGAGGCUCUGUGGAGGGAGAUCUCAGACCUGAGACAGAAACACGUUCACCAGCAGCAGCUCAUCAAAAAGUUGAUCCAUUUCAUUGUCACAUUGGUCCAGAACAACCACAUCCUGAAUUUAAAGCGUAAAAGGCCAAUUCUGAUGAACAGCAGCGGGAAGAAGCCCAAAUACAUCCAUGAGAUCUUUGAAGACAAAGUGUGUGUGGAUCAGUCGUCUGUCGGCAGUCUGAGCGGGGGAAAGGCAGAGGCUUCUGAUGAUGUCAUCAUCUGUGAUGUCACUGAGAGCGAUGUUGAGGUGACGGAGGAGUCACUGCAGGCGUUGGACCCCGGAGAGAUGGAGAUUGUGGAGGUGGAGCUGUACAACGGGGCAGAGGUGGAGCUGAGCGCCGUCAGCUCAGAGGACAGCAGGCAGACGGAGAAUGGGAACAAGACGGGCAGCACGCCAGACAGUAACGCACCCACGACCAGCACAUCUCAUGCCUCUGCUCCGCCAGGCACCGCUCCGCCCAGCGUGGCUCCAACGAGCAGCACAUCCACCAGCUCCGCCCUGCAGCUGAACAAAGCUGCAUCUCUGAGUCUGGAGGACCCCAUGAAGAUGAUGGACUCCAUCCUGAACGAGAACGGAGCCAUCUCUCAGAACAUCAACCUUCUGGGAAAGCUGGAGCUGAUGGAUUAUCUGGACAGUAUCGACUGCAGUCUGGAGGAUUUUCAGGCCAUGCUGUACGGGAAACAGUUUGGAAUCGAUGUUGAUGCUCUGGAGGAGAGUGCGUCCUCCAAAGAGAGCCUCGUAGAGCUAACCAGAGGACGGACGGAAGAAGACAAUACAGAUAAACAGUUGAUCCAGUACAUCUCCUGCCCCCUGCUGGCCUUCCUGGACGGCUGCACCCCUACUGCAGAUUUAGACCUGGGCUCCAGCAGCUCCUCCACCUCCCACCUGCAGCUCUCCUCCUCUGCCUCACUGGAUCCUCCCCCCCUGUCAGACCUGCUGGAGUCCAGCCUGGAGACCAAGCAGUCAGCCCACAGCUCCCUGAUCCGCCUGGAGCCGCUGACCGAGGCUGAGGCCAGCCAGGAGACACUCUUCUACAUGUGUGAACUCAGUCCUGCUGCAGCCGAUACAGACUCCUCCCACAUGGACGCUCUUUGAAACAAACUCUGACCACCUGGACCGUGUCUGAGUGGAGGGGACUUUAGGGAGAGUGACCCCCUCAGUCUGACGCUGAUCUCAGUGUGUGUGUGUGUGUGUGUGUCCUUCUUACAUUUUUAAGAAAACAUUUAAAGUUUAUUAAGUGUGAUGAAGGUGUUCUACUUCCCCUCUGAACACAUCAUCUUUUACAAAGAGUAAGACAGGCAGCCGAGUGCUCAGAGAGUGAGACAGCUUAGGGCUCAGAGUGAGACAGUCAAAAUUUCAGAGUGAGACAAUCGAGGGCUCAGAGUGAGACAGAUGAACUCUCCUCUGUAGAUGAAUUAACUUUAUUUACUUUAAUGUUUUCUUCUAAGUGAUAGUGUGACACACACACACACUGCUCCUUCAGCAGAGAUCUCUGAGUGUCAGUGAGGAGGCGUCACUCCUCUCCUGUAUUUACAGACUCAAACAUUUGUAUUAUUUAUUCUCUUUCUGUUCGUCUUUAAUGCUUUUGUUAUUUUACUGAGACUGUCCUUCAAACGUCAGUACUUCACAGACUUCUACUCCUGCUCCUCCUCUUCCUGCUGUUCUUCCUCUUCCUGCUCCUCCUUUCUGAAUUAGUUUUUUUACGUUAAUGACAGCAGCAGUCUGCACAGCUGGGAAUAAAACCUAUUCAAACCUGUCCAACAAGCUUCAGAUUACCUGAGCAGGUGAUGCAGCCUUCCAGCUUGAACGUAGUAGACAACCAGUGCUCAUGCUUGUUGCCAUGGCGAUACUGACCUGAGGAGCGAGACAUGGAAGACUCAAUGCACGCUAAUAAUAGAACAUCAUUAAAAUGUUACUCGAGCAGAUGGCCUGACCACAUCUCACUGCAGGCAGCAGGUGGCGCUGCGCUCCUUUAAAAAUGUUGCUUGUAAAUAAAUAUCACUUUUCAACAUU